AUGUUUGUUGAGUAUUCCAAAGUUAUCCCGCUGACCGAUGGGGCAUUAGAAAAGCAAUCACAAGAGACGCGGAAGGAUUCUUUAGAAUCACCGCUCUCGCAGCAUAGACCUGCCGAACCGAGCCGGAAACGAUCCCGCUCUUACAGCGAAGACGCCGAGAACACUGUAGAAGGCCGUGCCCUGAAACGGAGGCGGGCGUCUUUCUGUGCUGCCGAGACAGAUUUCGAUGAGGCUAACGACAGGAGCAAUCCAAUCAAAUACUGGAUUCUAGAGGGGAAAUGGCCACGUCAGUACACUGAGCAGAAUCUCAAUAUGGAACGCGUGCUUGCGAGGAUAAAAUCUACACCUUCGCUCUCCCAGAGCCGGAAGCAGUCAGAGCCUAGCUCUGCAAGCUCUGCAACACCUAGCGAUCAGAAGCCCAGAGAGCAGAAGAGUGCAACUUACCGCGAUCGAGCAUAUCAGCCAGCUCCAAGUGCGGAAUUUUAG